AUGAAUAAACUUGAAGUGGCCAUUGUGGAAGUAGUUAACAACAGACUCUCAUCCCAAAAGUCAAAAAAGUCACAAUUUUCUAGUUGGGAUGGAAAAAUGAAGGGUUGUUGGUUUAGUCUAAAAACUCCUCCCUUUGUUGGGAUAGGGGGUGAGGAAGCAUUAAAACAAAGAGCUUUGUCAGCUUGGAUUCCACAAAAAGAAGGAUGGUAUAAACUAAAUUUUGAUGGGGCUUCCCAAGGAAACCCUGGAGCCUCUGGAGUCGGAUGUAUAAUUCAUUCUUCAAAUGGAGUGAUUGAAGCUAAACAAGAUAAAGUUUUAGUAGAGGAUACUAAUAAUGUUGCAGAAAUUCAAGCUGCUAUCGAAGGUCUUGCUAUCUGUAGGGAACUUGGUCUUAAGAAAGUGAAAAUUGAAGGAGACUCACCUAUAAUUAUCAAUGCUUUAAGGAUUGGUAAUACCCCAAAUUGGAGACUCAACUCCUUUUUAAGAAUAUCCAUUGACUUGCUCGAAAACUUUCAAGCUUUUACCAUUAAUCAUAUUUUAGAGAAGUAA